AUGCGCUGGGGAAUCGCUGUGUGUUCUAAGGUCGCUGCGAGAGCAACUAGAGUCAAUGCAAAAUGCCCAGAGGGCACAGACAGUCAACCUACCAGAUGGAGGGUUGGGGCGUCCCCCAUCCUCCAGCUCAGAGAGCAAUACUGCUUCCAGUUUCUCUCCUUUGAACCCCCAGAAGUCUGGACACUCGGAACAGAAACCAAAACAGACUCACCGCGAGAGGAACCAGAACUGAAGUCUCCAGGCGCCAGACGGAGAUCCGAGAAAGACAGGAAAACGAACCGAGGGUUUUCAGGGAAUCCCGGACAAGCCCCUCAAAAUGUUAUGGAGUGCCCAGGAGGCGCGAGGUCGCCCUGCAGCAACAGAGGCAUUUGUGAUGAAGGCAUGGAAGGAAACGGAAGCUGUUCCUGCCAAAGGGGAUUUGGUGGAACAGCCUGUGAAACCUGUGCUGAUGACAACGUUUUUGGGCCCAGCUGUUCAGCAGUGUGCAACUGUGUACAUGGCGUGUGCAACAGCGGACUCAAUGGCGAUGGGACCUGUGAGUGCCACUCAGCAUACAAGGGCCCCAGGUGUGACAAGCCUGUUCCUGAGUGUGCAGCCUUGCUCUGUCCAGAAAAUUCCAGAUGUUCACCUUCUGGCGAAGAUGAAACCAAACUCGAAUGCAAGUGCCUUCCCAAUUAUGAAGGUGAUGGUCCAAACUGCAAACCCAUCAACCCAUGCUUACAGAACAUCUGCCACCCUCAAGCUCAUUGCUCGUACCUGGGACCAAACCGGCACAGUUGUACAUGUCAAGAAGGCUACCAUGGGGAUGGGCAAGUGUGCUUGCCACUAGACCCCUGUCAAUCUAACUUUGGAAACUGCCCUACAAAGUCUACAGUGUGCAAAUACGACGGGCCUGGGCAGUCUCACUGCGAGUGUAAAGAACAUUACCACAGUUUUGUACCUGGAGUCGGGUGCAGUAUGACUGACAUCUGUAAGUCAAAUAACCCAUGCCAUAAGAAUGCAAACUGCACCACCAUCGCACCAGGCCAAACCCAAUGCACCUGUCAGAAAGGUUAUGUGGGCGAUGGCCUGACCUGUUAUGGAAACAUCAUGGAGCGACUCAGAGAAUUAAAUACUGAACACAGAGGAAAGUGGCAAGGAGAGCUGACCCCUUUCAUCUCACUCCUCGACAAAGCUUAUGCCUGGCCACUGAGCAACUUGGGACCGUUCACCGUGCUACUGCCCCCAGACAAGGGACUGAAAGGAGUCAAUGUAAAGGAGCUUUUGAUGGAUAAGGAGACUGCUCGGUACUUUAUGAAACUCCACAUCAUUGCUGGGCAAAUGAACACAGAGCAGAUGAAUGACACAGACACCUUCUAUACCCUGACUGGGAAGUCAGGGGAAAUCUUCAACAGGGAUAAGGACAAUCAGCUAAAGCUUAAACUUUAUGGAGGCAAAAAGAAGGUGAAAAUUAUUCAGGGGAACAUAGUUGCUUCAAAUGGGCUUAUACACAUCCUGGACCAAGCCAUGGACAAGCUAAAACCCACACUUGAGAGCAACCCCCAGCAAACCAUAAUGACAAUGCUACAACCAAGAUACAGCAAGUUCAGAUCUUUGUUGGAGAAAACCAAUGUCGGACAUGCCUUAGAUGAGGAUGGGGUUGGUGGACCAUACACGAUUUUCGUUCCAAGUAAUGAAGCACUGGAUAACAUGAAGGAUGGCACCCUUGAUUACCUCCUGUCUCCAGAGGGUUCUUGGAAACUUCUGGAACUUGUCAGAUACCACAUUAUCCCAUUUACCCAGCUGGAAGUGGCCACUCUCAUUUCAACACCUCACAUCCGGAGCAUGGCCAAUCAGGUCAUCCGGUUCAACAUAACCAACAAUGGGCAGAUUCUGGCAAACAAUGCAGCAAUGGAAGAAAUCGAAGUCGCUGCCAAAAAUGGCCAAAUUUACACACUGACUGGAGUUCUCAUUCCUCCUUCCAUUGUCCCAAUUCUGCCCCAUCGAUGUGAUGAAACAAGGAGAGAGAUGAAACUGGGCACUUGCGUGAGCUGUUCCCUGGUGUACUGGAGCAAAUGUCCUGCUAACGCUGAGCCCACAGCACUCUUCACACACAAAUGUGUCUACAGCAGCAGAAUACGGAGCCUGAAAAGUGGCUGUGCCCGAUACUGUAACGCCACCGUGAAGAUACCAAAAUGCUGUAGUGGCUUCUAUGGGCCCGACUGCAAGCCGUGUCCAGGAGGCUUCUCGAAUCCAUGCUCAGGAAAUGGACAGUGUGCAGAUGGCCUCAGUGGCAACGGAACAUGCAUUUGUGAGGAUGGCUUCCAAGGCUCCCAGUGUCAGUUCUGCUCUGACCCCAACAAAUAUGGACCUCGAUGUAACCAAACCUGUCUGUGUGCUCAUGGAGCAUGUGAUAACAGGAUCAACAGUGACGGAGCCUGCCUAGUGGGUACAUGCAGGGAGGGUACAGCCGGAAUGUUCUGCAACAAGCAGACCUCAGCCUGUGGGCCCUAUGUGCAGUUCUGUCACAUCCAUGCCACCUGUGAAUACACCAAUGGGACAGCCAGCUGCAUCUGCAAAGAAGGCUAUGAAGGGGAUGGAAUUUUCUGUUCCAAGAAGGACCCUUGCAUGGGAUCAACUCCUGGAGGUUGUAGUCACAAUGCAGAAUGCAUCCAAACUGGCACAGGGACAUACAGCUGUGUGUGCCAACAGGGCUGGACAGGAAAUGGAAAAGACUGUGUAGAGAUCAACAACUGUCUGCUGCGUGGCAUGGGUGGCUGCCAUGAUAAUGCCACCUGCUUGUACAUAGGCCCCGGGCAGAAUGAAUGUGAGUGCAAGAAAGGGUUUCGAGGAAAUGGGAUUGACUGUGACCCAAUCAUUUCAUGCUUGGAACAAACCGAGAAAUGUCAUCCACUGGCUACCUGCCAGUCUGCUUCUGGUAUCUGGAGUUGUGUUUGUCAAGAGGGCUAUGAAGGGAAUGGUCUCCUGUGCUAUGGAAAUGCAGCCAUGGAAUUGUCGUUUCUCUCCGAGGGAGCUAUAUUUAACCAGUGGAUACAUAAUGCUUCCCUUCAACCCAUGCUGUCUACCACCUUGAAUCUCACUGUCCUCGUGCCUUCCCAACAAGCCAUUGAGGACAUGGACCGAGACGAAAAAGCCUUCUGGUUGUCAUCAAACAAUAUUCCAGCCCUAAUAAAAUACCACAUGCAGCUAGGCACAUAUAGAGUGGCGGAUCUGCAGACCCUGUCAUCCUCUGACAUGCUGGCAACAUCUUUGCAGGGCAGCUUCCUUCACCUGGACAAGGCAGGCGAGAAUAUCACAAUUCAGGGAGCAUCUAUUGUUGACGGUAACAAUGCUGCCACAAAUGGAGUGAUACAUAUCAUCAACAAGGUGCUGGUUCCCCAAAGAGGUUUAACUGUCUCCUUACCAAACCUACUCACCCGGCUGGACCAGAUGCCUGACUAUUCCAUCUUCCGGGGCUAUAUCAUUCAAUACAAUCUGGCUAGUGCAAUUGAGACUGCAGAUGCUUACACUGUGUUUGCUCCUAAUAAUGACGCCAUUGAAGAUUACAUCAGAGAGAAGAAGGUGGCCACUCUAGAAGAAGAUUUACUCCGGUACCACGUGGUCCUGGAGGAGAAACUCCUGAAAAAUGACUUGCACAACGGCAUGCACCGGGAGACCAUGCUGGGCUUCUCCUACCUCCUUGGCUUCUUUCUCCACAAUGAUCAGCUAUAUGUAAAUGAAGCUCCAAUAAACUACACAAAUGUAGCCACUGAUAAAGGAGUGAUCCAUGGCCUGGGGAAAGUUCUGGAAAUUCAGAAGAAUAGAUGUGACAAAAAUGACACCACUAUUUUACGAGGAAAGUGUGGGAAGUGUCCCCAGCAAGCAGUCUGCCCACUCGGAACUAAACCACUCGGUGAUGAAAUGAGGAAAUGCAUCUACACCAUUUAUUUCAUGGGGAGGAGAUCCGCAUUCAUUGGGUGCCAGACCAAGUGUGUAAAAACUGUCAUUACAAGAGCAUGCUGUGCCGGCUUCUUUGGCCCGCAGUGCCAGGCCUGCCCUGGGACAGGUCAGAAUACGUGCUCUGGGAAUGGCAUCUGUCUGGAUGGCGUGAAUGGCACGGGCUUGUGCGAGUGUGGGCAGGGCUUCAACGGGACAGCCUGUGAAACCUGUACAGAGGGCAAGUAUGGAAUCCACUGUGACCAAGUAUGUUCUUGUGUCCACGGAAGAUGCAGCCAAGGACCCUCAGGAGAUGGCUCCUGUGACUGUGACGUUGGCUGGCGAGGAGUGAAAUGUGACAGUGAGAUCACCAAAGACAACUGCAACGGGACAUGCCACACCAGCGCCAACUGCCUUCUCGAUCCAGAUGGCAAAGCCUUGUGCAAAUGUGCAGCAGGAUUCCAAGGGAACGGAACAGUCUGCACAGCCAUCAAUGCCUGUGAGAUCAGUAAUGGAGGCUGCUCUGCUAAGGCUGACUGUAAAAGAACUACGCCAGGAAGCCGGGUGUGUGUGUGCAAGGCAGGCUACACAGGUGAUGGCAUCGUGUGCCUUGAAAUAAACCCAUGUUUGGAGAACCAUGGUGGCUGUGACAGGAAUGCAGAGUGCACGCAGACAGGGCCCAAUCAGGCUGUCUGUAACUGCUUGCCGAAGUACACUGGAGAUGGGAAGGUCUGCACGCUCAUCAAUGUCUGCUUAACCAAUAAUGGUGGCUGCAGUCCGUUUGCUGUCUGCACUCACACCGGACAAGAUGAAAGGACGUGCACCUGCAAGCUGAACUACACCGGAGACGGAUUCACCUGCCGAGGCAGCAUCUACCGGGAACUUCCGAAAGACCCCCAAACUUCUCAGUAUUUCUUCCAGUUGCAAGAGCACGCUGUCCGAGAGCUGGCUGGGCCAGGUCCCUUCACAGUGUUCGUGCCAUCAUCUUCUUCUUUCAAUCAGGAGAUCCGGAUUAAAGACUGGGAUCAGCAGGGCCUGAUGCCCCAGGUUCUUCGGUACCACAUGGUUGCCUGCCAACAGCUGCUGCUGGAAAACCUAAAAUUGAUCCCAAAUGUUACCACCCUCCAAGGCGAGCCACUCACCAUCUCUGUCUCUCAGGGUACAGUAUACAUAAACAAUAAGGCGAGGAUCAUAUUCAGCGAUGUCAUCAGCACAAAUGGAGUCAUCCACAUCAUAGACAAACUGCUGUCGCCCCAGAACUUGCUCAUCACCCCCAAAGAUGCCUCAGGCAGGGUUCUGGUAAGUAAUCUCACUGUCACUCACACACAUGCACACACCAACUAGGGAAUGACCCCUGUGUUUCAGGACUCAGGUUUGCUGAGUGUCAUCACAGAUGCCAUCCAUACUCCAGUCACUCUUUUCUGGCCCACGGAUCAAGCCCUCCAAGCCCUACCCCAGGAACAACAGGACUUCCUGUUCAACCAGGACAACAAAGACAAGCUAAAAGAGUACCUGAAGUUCCAUGUGAUCCGCGACGCCAUGGCUUUAGCUUCAGAUCUCCCUAGAGCUGCUUCCUGGAAGACCCUACAAGGUUCAGAGCUGAGUGUGAAGUGUGGAACUGGCAGUGACAUUGGCGAGCUCUUUCUAAAUGGUCAAAUGUGCAGGAUCGUGCAGAGGGGGCUCUUGUUUAACGUGGGCGUGGCCUAUGGCAUUGACUGUCUGCUGAUGGAUCCCACCCUCGGGGGUCGCUGUGACACUUUUACUGCCUUCAAUGUUUUGGGGGAAUGUGGGAACUGCAUCAAUACUCCCAGAUGCCCACCAUGGAGCAAACCAAAGGGUAUGAAGCAAAAGUGUCUCUACAACCUGCUGCCCUACAGGAGGAACCUGAACGGCUGCCAACAGCAGUGUACCCUGGUGAUCCAGCUCCCCAGGUGCUGCAAGGGCUACUUCCUGCCAGACUGUCAGGCCUGCCCCGGAGGACCAGACACCCCAUGCAGUAACCGGGGUGUCUGCCAUGAUCAAUACUCAAUCACAGGACAGUGCCAAUGCAACACCGGCUUCAAUGGGACAGCCUGUGAGAUGUGCUGGCCAGGGAGAUUCGGACCUGACUGUCAGCCCUGUGGCUGCUCAGAGCAUGGCCAUUGUGACGAGGGAAUCACAGGCUCUGGGCAAUGCCUCUGUGAGACAGGGUGGACAGGCCGCUUCUGCAACACUCAAACAGUUGUGUUUCCAGUGUGCAUACCUCCAUGUUCCAUGCAUGCCACCUGUCUGGAGAACAACACAUGUGCAUGUAACCUGAAUUACGAAGGUGAUGGAAUCACGUGCACAGUCGUGGAUUUCUGCAAACAAAACAAUGGGGGCUGUGCAAAGGUUGCCAAGUGCUCCCAGAAGGACACACAAGUCUCCUGCAGCUGCCCAAAGGGUUACCAGGGAGAUGGCCACAGCUGUACAGAGAUAGACCCCUGUACAGAUGGCCUCAAUGGUGGAUGUCAUGAGCAUGCCACCUGCAGGAUGACCGGCCCGGGCAGGCACAAGUGUAAAUGUAAGACUCACUACGUGGGAGAUGGCCUGGACUGCGAACCUGAACAGCUGCCCCUUGACCGCUGUUUACAGGACAAUGGACAGUGCCAUGCAGAUGCUGACUGUGCGGACCUCCACUUCCAGGAUACCACUGUUGGGGUGUUCCAUCUCCGCUCCCCACUGGGCCAGUACAAGCUGACCUUUGACAAAGCCAGAGAGGCCUGUGCCAAGGAAGCUGCAUCCAUGGCUACCUACAACCAGCUUUCCUAUGCCCAGAAGGCCAAGUACCAUCUCUGCUCGGCUGGCUGGCUGGAGAGUGGGCGGGUUGCUUACCCUACAACCUAUGCCUCCAAAAAGUGUGGUGGCAGUGUGGUUGGAAUAGUGGACUACGGACCCAGGCCCAACAAGAGUGAGAUGUGGGAUGUCUUCUGCUACCGGAUGAAAGAUGUGAACUGCACCUGCAAGGCAGGCUAUGUGGGAGACGGCUUCUCAUGCAGCGGGAACUUGCUGCAGGUCCUCAUGUCCUUCCCCUCACUCACGAACUUCCUGUCGGAAGUGCUGGCCUAUUCCAAUAGCUCAGCCCAAGGCCAGGUGUUUCUGAAACACCUGACUGACCUGUCCAUCCAAGGCACUCUCUUCGUGCCACAGAACAGUGGGCUGCAAGAAAGUGAGAGCCUGUCUGGGAGGGACAUCGAGCACCACCUCACCAAUGUCAGCAUGCUUUUUUACAAUGACCUUAUUAAUGGUACCAUCUUGAGGACUAGGCUGGGAAGCCAGUUGCUCAUCACCUCCAGCCAGGACCAGCUCCACCAGGAGACCAGGUUUGUGGAUGGAAGAGCCAUUCUGCAAUGGGAUGUCAUUGCCUCCAAUGGGAUCAUUCAUGUCAUUUCCAGGCCUUUGAAAGCACCCCUUAUCCCAGCAACUGUAGCCCACACUGGCUUGGGGACAGGCAUAUUCUGUGCUGUCGUUCUAGUCAUUGGAGCAGUUGUUCUGGCUGUCUAUUCAUACUUCCGGCUAAACCAGAGGACAAUUGGUUUCCAACGUUUUAGGUCAGACGAGGAUAUCAAUGUGGAGGCGUUCAGCAAGCAGCAGCCUGAGAAUAUCUCAAACCCUAUGUACGAGAGUUCGACCUCAGCACCCCCUGAGCCUUCCUGGGACCCCUUCAAGGAUUCUGACGAACAGCAGCUGGAGAGCAGCGACCCCUUGGGGGCACUGUGAGGGCCAGAUGUGAGCAGCCAGCCAGCAGCCACUGCCACGUAGGUCCCUAAGCCAUCAAAGUGCCACUGUGAAUUCUCAACUUUCAGUUGCCUCUUGGAAACAUUGAGUCUCUUAGCAUUUUAAGCUAUGAUACACUCAGAAACUAUACCUCAUCUCUCUGGUUAAGCUGGGGGUUGUUUCCAUGGGUAAGGGGCCACAUUACCAAGUCCACCCAGGGGACUUCUACCUCCUCUGAGCCUCUACUGCCCUCCUUUGCACCUUCUAGAUGACAUGUUAUAUGCUGCCCUAUCCUAUGGGUAACUGUGAUACUGUUAUAUUCUCGAUUAGAUUGUAAGCUCCUGAAGGCAAGGCCUCACCUCACUUACCUUUGUGUCCUAGUAUAGUACCUGACACAUGAAUGUGCGCAAUAAAUGU